AUGGAAUUUUCCGACUAUACACAAAUUUUAUUCAACAAAAUCAAGAAAUUUGAGCCUGAAAAUGUAUUGAAAAUCAUAGGAUACAUUCUAUUACAAGACCAUGGUGAGCAAGAAAUUGCUCAAUUAGCAGUGUGCCCUGAUAAGGUCAUUCGAGAAGUAAUCUAUAAAAUCAAACUUGAGCUUCAACAACUCGCCCUUAAAUCCGGGUCACCUCCGAUAUCACCGUCGAUGAACUCGGUGACGACUCUCAAUUCCGAAAUACCUUCACAGUUCACUUCUUUCUCACCACCAGUCUCAUCAAGCACUUUAGAUGAUCAAAUGGGAUCUUUAAACUUAAGAAGUGAUAAUAGUUUUUCCAAUGAUUAUUGUUACUGUAAUUUCGGAGUAAGACCGGGACUACGUCGGCAUCAAAACAACGUACCCGAUUUUCCGGUUAAGACUUGUCAUUAUUUCAACAAAGGGUAUUGCAAACAUGGGAGUAAUUGUAGGUACUUUCAUGGUGAAGUCUCGGAUAAUCUCCCUCAAAUGUUUGUUCAUUUGGAUGGUGCCACUGGUUAUAAAGAUCAUGUUAUGUCACUAGAGAAAUUAGAGGUUGAAUUAGUCGAGUUAUUGAGAACGAAACGAGGCGAUCCGGUCUCGAUCGCGUCGUUACCGUUGUUAUAUUAUGAGAAGUAUGGCAAAGUUCUACAAGCAGAUGGUUAUCUUACUGAAAGCCAAAGACAUGGAAAAGCAGGCUAUAGUUUAACUAAGCUUCUCGCAAGAUUGAAAACUGCUAUUCGAGUGAUCGACAGGCCGCAUGGACAACAUGCAGUCAUUUUAGCCGAAGAUGUACCAAAAUAUAUGGAAAAUCGAAAUGAUCGAAACGAUCCAGGUCCGAUCGUUAACGGGUCAAGGCAGAUAUACCUUACGUUCCCGGCCGAGAGCACAUUUAGUGAAGAUGAUGUCUCCAAUUAUUUCAGCAAUUAUGGACAAGUUGAAGAUGUACGGAUUCCUUGCCAACAAAAACGAAUGUUUGGGUUCGUAACCUUUGUUAGUUCCGAUACUGUGAAGAUGAUUUUGGCCAAAGGAAAUCCGCAUUACGUUUGCGGGGCUCGUGUUCUCGUCAAACCUUACAGGGAAAAAUCCAAGCUGGUUGACAAGAAGUACCCCGAGAGAAUCGAGUCUCCCAUGUAUUACUCUUCAUAUUAUAUGGAACCCGAGCUUCACUCAAUUCCAAAAGGAUAUGCGACGUCAAGGUUGUUCCGUAAGCAAUUUAUCGAAGAUCAAGAUCAAAUCUUUAAGCUUCAAAGAAGGCACUCGUCAGAGAUGAAUUUGUCACAAAAGCCUCUAGCUCACCAAUCCUUCGGUUACUUCAUGGAUGAGUUAAAGGUCACGGAAGAUCAACUCGAUUUCCCGUCGGCAGAGUUCAAUUAUUUGUUGGAAGCUCUCAACAUCAACACCACAUCUGAUGGAAAAAUCAAACAUGUAGAGAUGAACAACAAUGACCAAGAAAGCGAAGGACUUAAUCUGCCGGAUAGCCCUUUCACUUCUGCUAUAGAAAGUGGCGGCAUUUCAACAAUCAUCUAG